AUGCCUCAGAAAUCUUCUUGGUUAAAGAAGCGUCGCUCAGAGAGUGCACGAGCAAAAACACAACAGCGGCACAGACGUAAGAGAGGGCUAUUCAAGAAAGCAGCAGAGUUCAGCCUUGAAUGCGAAUCCGACGUAGUUGUGGCUGUUCGGAUUCAGAAAACUGGGCAGAUAUAUAUUUUUGAUUCAGCCUCAAAGAAGAAAUGGCUAAAUACGCUGUCCGACUUGGCGACGUAUUAUCCCCCUCCAAUCCAGGAGACACUGGAAGAUGUCAUCCCCCAACUUGAGUGUUCGUCAUGGAAUCUGGGAGGUGGGUCAGCAUCUACGAGCGAUGACAAGGCAUGA